GCGGAAUCCGAAAUGGUUGAGCUUCCGGGUCAAAUAAUCCAAGUGCUGGAGCGGGUAUUCGGGUUUUCAAGAAGAUGUUUGUUCCGGGUCAUAUCAACGGGUCCUCUGCCCACUCACCUCGCCUUCAUCAUGGAUGGUAACCGGAGGUACGCAAAGAAGCUCGGUCUACAAGACGGGUCUGGUCACAAAGCCGGCUUCUCCUCCCUCAUGUCGAUGCUACAGUACUGCUACGAGCUUGGGAUCAAGUACGUGACCAUAUACGCGUUUAGCAUAGAUAACUUCAGGAGACGCCCUGAAGAGGUACAGUCUCUGAUGGAUCUGAUGCUUGAAAAAAUCAAGUCUUUGCUCGAGAAGGAGAGCAUCGUGCAUCAAUACGGUGUACGAGUGUAUUUCAUCGGGAACUUGGCGCUUCUCAGCGACCAAGUGAGAGCUGCUGCUGAGGAAGUCAUGAAGGCAACGGCUAAGAAUAGCCGCGUGGUGCUUCUUGUCUGCGUUGCUUAUAACUCGACGGAUGAGAUCUUACAAGCUGUUAAGAGAUCUUGUGUGAGCAAGUUAGCUGAUGUUGAACACUCGAAAGAGAGGAUACGGUUGGUGGAUAUUGAGGAGAAUAUGCAGAUGAGCGUGGCGCCGGAUCCUGAUGUACUGAUCCGGAGCUCAGGGGAGACGAGGCUGAGCAACUUUCUUCUGUGGCAAACAGGUAACUCUCAGCUCUUGUCUCCGGAUGCUCUGUGGCCUGAGAUUGGGCUGAGGCAUUUGGUCUGGGCUGUAUUGAACUUCCAGAGAAACCAUUCAUACUUGGAGAAGAAGAAGAAACAAUUUGGCUUAUGUAGAGGAAAGCGAAGCGACCAAAUUGAAAGCAUACGCAGAGGAAACGUUUCUCAAACCCUAGCCGUCAUUUACUCCAAGUUUCAAAGGAGUAAUUGCACGCUUGCUGAGGGAGCCAUGGAGAAGUGUUCUACCAUUCGUUCAGUUAUUGAUGAAGACAUGAAUAAUUCAGUUGAUACAUCGAAGUGGAAGAAAGUACGAGCUAGUGAUGCUGGAAUUAGAAAUUCAAUGGUUCCGGAUUCUCCUAUGAAUGUCUUGAGACUUCUCAGACGUCAAGGUUUCGAUGCAUACCUUGUGGGUGGAUGUGUGAGGGAUUUGUUACUCCAUAGGGCGCCAAAGGACUAUGAUGUGAUCACUACAGCUAAUCUUAAGCAGAUCCGGAAGCUGUUUCAUCGAGCUCAGGUUAUUGGGAAACGGUUUCCUAUUUGUCAUGUGUGGAUGGGAGGUUCGAUAAUUGAGGUGUCAAGUUUUGAUACAGUGGCGCAAAGUGACAGCGAACCUGAGAAUGAUUUGGGGAAAUCUGGUGUUACGGAGGCAAACAAGAGUAGCAGCAGCCUCUUCAAAAUGUAUUCUGGUUGGGAUGUAAAAGACUGCAGUCGCUGGAGGAAUAGCUUGCAACGAGAUUUCACAGUUAACAGUUUGUUUUAUGAUCCUUUUGAGUUCAAAGUUUAUGACUACAACAAUGGAAUGGAAGACUUGAAGGAUCUAAAGCUACGUUCACUUCGCCCUGCACAUUUGUCUUUCAGUGAAGAUUCCGCUAGAAUUCUCAGGGGGUUAAGAAUUGCAGCUCGAUUAGGUCUAUCGAUUUCAGAGGAUAUUGAGACUGCGAUACCUGAAUUUAUAUCCUCCGUUGCGAAUUUGGGACCGUUUAGAAUAAUCUUGGAGAUGAAUUAUAUGCUUGCGUAUGGAGCUGCUGCACCUUCCAUCCUUCUUCUCAUGAAGUACAAACUACUUCAUGUUUUGCUUCCUUUUCAGGCAGCUUACCUGGAUCAAGCUAGUAAAGUAUCUCUACCAAGUUCCUUAAUGCUAGUGAGGUUAUUCUCCAAUAUGGAUAAAUUGGUUUCCUGCGAGCAACCUGCUGACUCUAGACUAUGGAUUGCAUUGUUGGCUUUUCACAUUGCACUAGUGCGUAGCCCUCAGGAGGCUAUUGUACUGCGCGCUUUCGCCUCCUUGCUCUACCAUAGAAACUGGAGCAGAGCUGUGAAGUUUGCUAGAGAACAUGAAGACUCAGUACCCGGAUACUCCCCUGAGGUAUCUAAAUCUUCGAGAAAGAUAUCCGAUGAAGAUCUUGCAGAAGCAGUUUCAGAAUUUACGUCUCUAUUAAGAGAUACUCGAUAUGUUCUGACUGACAUGGAGGCUCUCCACGAAGCCCUAUACCUCUACCCUGAUUUCAAAUUCUCUGGUCUGGUGUUUGUACCGAAGAAAAAGGGGAAAGAUGUAGCAGAUUGGUAUGGGAGACUAGGUGAUGUGGAAACAUAUGAAAGCAAAAAAGAGGGAUUCUCUAUUGACUAUAUCUCACUUGCGAAGGGAGUUCCAUGCGAGAUAGGAUUUGUUCUUGGCAAAAUCAUUCUGGACACAAUCAUCAAACAGCCAAAUUCAGCCGAGAAGAAACAGAGCGCCGUAGAUCAAGCUGUUCCUGCGGCUUGUGUCGAGAAGAAGGCUGAGUUGGUCAUUUCUGAACCAUCAGAGGAGGAUAACAACGGUCAAGCUCCAGUCCAUGGCUUAAAGGCAUUAUCUAUUUCUAAGGCUCGCCGAAAGAUUCUGAAGAGGAUGAGAGAAAACAGUGAGGACAAGAAAGAUCAAGAGACUGAGGUGUGUGAAGAAGACUCAACCUUCUCUGGUCAAGCAAAGAGUCAAGAUCAGUCUGUAGUCCAAAAACCUAAGCGAAAGCGCAAAGAGGCACUUGCCCCAGAGGCUCCAAAGCAAAAGACUUCAAAGAGGUCAAAAUCAGCCGAGCAAGAGACUGUGGAAAGUCUCACUAGUCCAGCAGAGAAAGAACAUGAGACUGUAGUCCAAAAGGAUAACAAGCGUGGCACCAAACCACCAGUCUCUGAUCUGCCUAAGAAAAAAAUUUCGAAGAACCGUUUGAAGGAGACACAGAAAGUGAAACGCAACGACAUGGAUGUGAAGGAGAUUCAAGAUGCAAAGCCGGGCUUCGUUUCCGACAAAUCUAUGAGCGAUCUUCUAAAAGUUCUUGUGAAACCAAGUCAGCAAGCAUCGAGCAAAGAGGAGAGCAACUCGUUAUCAACAGAGAAGACAAAGAGACCAAGAAAACUCUCAAGUCUUUUCAGGUGAGACUGUUCCCGUACGAUUAUUUAGGGGUUUGAAGCCAAGAUGGAGACCUUCUGGACCAUAUAGAAGGUCUCCUCACAGUUUUUACAUGUACGGUACCAUGUAGUAACUUAAACCAAUUUUGUUUCAUCUUGUUUAGAUUUGGUCACCGAUAGUGAGAAAUUUUUGUCGUGAGUAUUAUGGCAUGCAAACUAGAUAUAUAUUUUUGUAUGUGUUUUAGUUUAGAAUAAUAUUCUUUACUUCAUUGAUUGUUUUUUUGUUGGGAG